AUGGCUGAUCCAGCCCCUGCUACCCUUGGCAUCGCCCUCCCCCCUACAUCUGUCCUCAAGAUCAGAGACGCAUGUCUUCCUUGUCGCAAACAACGAUCCAAAUGCGACGGCCAGCCUUGUUGCGCAAGGUGCACUCGUCUCGAUCUCGAAUGUACCUACGUCGAGCUGGUCAAGGCGCCUAAGCCGGUGCCCAAAGAGCCCUGGCAAGAGUUUCUCACCACCACAGGAGCCAAGCCCGAGGCUUUGGAAAUUCCACCCAGUGGGCUCCUCAAAGACCCCUCAGUCGGCCCUAUCCAGGAUGCCUCGACAUUCCCUUGGCAGAAAUCCAAGAUGACCAGGCGCCGGAAGCAGACCUCCAGUGCCAAAAAGUGUACUUGCCCUGUGCCUCCCUCAUCCGAUCCUGCUGGCCAGGACUCGCCUGAUUCCCUGGGCCAGCAGCUGAACACCCCUCCAACUUUGGCGAUGGAUAUGGCGGAUCCUCUCUCUAUGACAGAUGUCAUUGGUUCUUCUAUCCCCGAUCUUCUUUCGACACCAACGACAGCCAGUACACCCUCCGCUCCUUCAAAUUCACCCACAACUGCCGCUUGCGGAGCUAAUAGCAAUAACAACAAUAACAGCAAACAACACAAAGGACGAUCCACCACAGGACCAUGUCGAGUUCACAAUCCACAGGUCUCGACCAAAUCUGCUCGAUCUGUCACCCCCAGCCUCAACUCACCCUCAACCCCAGGGGUUUCGUCAACAACGACUACAGCAGGGAGUGGCCCAAGCAUUGGCAGCUCUGUGAGUCUUCGUCAUCGCCCCACUCCACCCGAGCCUGUUCAGUUGCCUUCGUCUGUAAUCGAGACGUCCGAGAAAAUCAACAGUCUGAGCUUAAAGUUCUCUCGGCUUUUUGUGUUUCCGGACGCUGAUCAGCCUCAGCAACCUCCACCGCCCCAGCUCGAGAUCCUCCAGUCGCGUGCUCUCUCGCCCGUCCUCCAAUCCCACCUUAUUCAACUCUACCUCGCCCAAUGCUGGCCUACCCAACCCAUCCUCGACCCUCCCACCUUCAUGGCCCAACUGGCUGCUCAAGAUUAUUGCACUCCUCCUCACCCUCUCGUUGUCGCUGCCAUGUGUGCCGCCUCUGCCAGGUGCAUCGAUGACUCGGAUGUAGAACGUCUCUGGGCAGAGCAAGAUCCACCUCUGCCAAACCCAUUCCACCCCAACCCUGCAAACGGAGAGGCCCAUGUUCGGUCGACCCGUGAUAUGAUCUGGUCGAUUGGCGAAUAUUUUGCUGCUCUGGCCAAGGCGUAUCUUCGGACAGAGUUGCCUCUUGUACAGUCGCCUGAUCGAUCGGGCGGAAUAGGCGAUCCCUUGACAGUCGUCCAGGGAUUGAUCAUGAUCUCGACCUGGGAUGCCUCUGUCGGUCGCCAGCGCGAGUGUCAGGCCUGCGCAGCUCUGGCUCUUCGAAUCAUGAUUGCUGGAGGAUGGCACUUGAUGGAUCACCCGAACGGCGACGGAUGCACGGACAGCAGGAUCAAGAUGUGGGGAACACUAGAACGCGAGCUGGCUCGUCGUUGUUGGUGGUUUGUCUGGAUCGCUGAAAAGUGGACCGCUGCCUUGCUCACUCAAUACGUGACACUCUCACUUCCACGCGAGUUCCGUCAAGGAGAUGUGAACGACCAAAAGACAGUGAUGUAUUUCCAGCAAUCGAUCCAGGCGGCCUAUCUCUGUGGAUCCCUCAUCCAGCUACAUUAUCACCCGUACGAGGCUGAAGAUGGCACCGAAUACGACCACGAGACCAAUAUCCACGACGUGCAGCGGUUACAGGCGCGUCUGACAGAGAUCGACAAUCAUUUGGAUGCAUGGCUCAAGGCCAUACCUGCAGGAUUCAUUCCCGACUGGGGACAGACCACCGGGGACGAAGGCGAUGCGUCCACAUUUGAGCCCGCCACGGGCACUCAAUUUUUCCAUGCGGGAGGCGAUUGGUGGUGGCGUCACGCCAUGGGCGGAAUGCUGGAAAUGAAAUACUAUGCUCCGCAGUAUGCCAACAAGAUCACACUGACCUGCGAACGACUCUGGCAGUAUCCUUCGACCAGGCCGACGUUCUACCACAUGGCGGGAGCUUUUUUGUGGAUGGCGCUCUGUUAUCAGCAGGAGAACACUUUGAGCGAGAACCCAAGGAUCAGGACGCCGGCUUGCGUUAACAUGCAGAAGAGCUACUUUAUGAUGAAGAAGGUUGGCCGACUCGUCCAUUCCGCCGAAGAUGACAUCUUCUCAGAACUUGAGACCACCAGUGGAGCAUCUGCGGUGCCAUUUAUCAGACCGACGGAAGAGCAGCGCGUAAAGCCCAUGAUGAAGGUAUUCAAGGAGAUGUUUCCAAUCAUGCGUCAGGCUCUUCGUGACAAAGGAUUUGGACUGCGUACCCAACCAAACGCCACUUCCAGAGUCACAUCGAGCGUGUUGCCCCUGAACAGACAGCAUCACACACUUAUCCUGAACGCCGACAGCGGAACAAUAGUUGGUGGCGUGACGACAUCUGCCGCAGCUUUGGGACCGGCAUCGGCGGCCUCGUGCAUCAAUGCGGGCGCUGCUGCUGUCAUGGGAGCGACGGCAGGCAGUCCAGGACCUUCGAGCUUUUACUUGGCACCAUUGACUCCUCCUGGAACGUCGAACGCAUCGGUAUCGUCUCCCAUGACAGAGUCGCUUGGGUCUGCGCCAUCGCCCUCGCCUCCCCCAGGUCUGUGCAACGGCAUUCCUGUUCAGAGUGUGUCGGGUGUAGAGUGCGGUCAUCAUUUUGGGGAUGUGACCAUGAAUCACCAGCAACAGCCACUCCAGCAGCAGCCACUUCAACAGCAGCCACUUCAACAGCAACAGCAACAGCAGCAGUUCCAGCAGCAACAAUUCCAACAGCAACAAUACCAACCGCUCCAACAACAGCAGCAGCAGUUCAUUCCCCAUCAAGCAUCACCUUUGGGCCAGGUGCAGUAUAUCCAAGGCCAGACUCAUAUGGCUCCACAACAACAACAUCAACAACAACAGCAGCAACAGCAUCAGCAUCCUCAACAACAACAACAGCAACAACAGGCAUCAUAUCCACAACAACAGCAACAGCAACAACAGGCAUCGUAUUCACAACAAACACAACAGCAACAAUUGCCACUGCAGCAGCAAUCAACAUUUAUUCCGCAACAGCAGCAGUCUCAGCAACAACCACAGCUUCAGCAACAACAACAUCAAGAGCAGCAGCAGCAGGUUGUUGUCUGCCGACCUUACCAGCUUCAUACGCAUAUGUCCCAGCUGACGGAUCCGCUGAGUACUAUGAUCGAUAUGAACCCGGAUCCGUUUGGGUCGAUCAUGCAGAACGAACCCAAUGUGCUAUCGUCCCUGAUAGAUUAUUCUGAAUGGUUGAACCACCAGCUUGAAUAA